AUGAAGCGAAAGCGUGAAAAUAAUCCAAUUGACAAUUUAACGAUAUCAAAAGGAAAGAAGACUUUAACGAAUGUGGAUCAUGAUACACCUACUUUGACGACGUUUGUUUCAACUUCACGUGCUUUUACGUCACUUGCUUCUACAAGUUCUUCUUCUAGUGAUUCACCUCAUAUUUUAAAGAAAAUACAGAAAAAAAAAUAG